AUGCUGCGUUCCUCCAACAAGGUCGCCAGUACCCGAGGCAUGCAGCGGGCAUGCUUCGCCUCUCGCACCACCAUCUCUCAUGGCAGCAAACAACUCCAAGUGCCCUCAGGUGGACGCCUCUACUCGUCCACCACUUCCACCGGCUCUGCCAGGUGGCCCGUGGUGGCUGCCAUCACCGCGGUGGGCGUUGGCGGUGGCCUCUAUCUCCUCCAGGGACACGUGUUCGCUGCGGAGAGCCAACCCAAGCCCAAGCUCGUCAUCCUCGGCUCCGGCUGGGGCGCGCUGAGCGUGGUGCGAGAGCUGGACACGAGCAAGUACGACGUCACGAUCGUGUCUCCGCGCAACUAUUUCCUCUUCACCCCGCUUCUGCCCUCGGUCACCGUGGGUACGCUCGAACCCAAAGCCAUCAUCGAGCCCAUCCGAAAGUACUGCCGCCGCAGUCACGCUGAUGUUGACUACUUUGAAGCUGUGGCGACCGAUGUGGAUCCCACCAACAAAACGGUUUCUUGCCACGUGAGCACUCCCGGUCUCGAUGACUCGGCGCGCGAUUUCACCCUGCCGUACGACAAGCUGGUGGUCGCUGUUGGUGCUAUCAACAACACAUUCGGUGGUCCCACUGGCGUGGAGGCUGCGGCCGAGCUCAGGGACUUUGUGCAGAGCAACGUGCACAAGUGGUUCCCCAAGCUGGAGCCUCACGUGUCGAUCACCCUGGUCGAGCUGAUGGACCACAUCCUCAGCACUUACGAUGCCAAGAUUUCCACUUACACCACGUCUCACUUCAAGAAUACCAACAUUGACAUCCGAACGAAGUCGCGCGUGGUCGCGGUCAAGCCCGGUGAUGUGAUCAUUCAGAGGACCGACACCAAGGAGACCCAGCACAUCCCGUACGGUCUGUGCAUCUGGUCGACCGGUAUCGGCACCUCGCCGCUGAUCAACAAGAUCCGGGAGAAGCUGCCGCAGGACAUCCAGACCAACCGACGAGCCCUGCUGACCGACCAGUUCCUGCGAGUCAAGGGUGCUGAUGGUAUCUACGCUCUGGGCGACUGCGCCACGAUCGCCCAAGAGGCGAUGCUCGGCAAGCUUAACGACCUCUUCAAGGAGGCCGACUUGAACAAGGACAAUCACCUGCAGAUCGAGGAGUUCAGGUCGCUCAUCGACAACCAGGAGGGCCAGUACUUGGGCAAGCUGCUGAACAGAGUCGCCAACAAGAGCGUCGAGUUGGACACGGGUUUCCACUACAAGCACCUCGGAUCGUUCUGUUUCAUUGGCUCAGAGCACGCUGUUGCCGAGUUUGCAGAGGGGCUGGUGCUGGAGGGCUUUGGUGCGUGGUGGCUGUGGCGCUCGGUCUACCUCAGCAAGCAGUACAGCCUCCGAAACAAGCUCUACGUGGGCGUCAACUGGCUCAAGACCUGGAUCUUCGGCCGCGACAUCACCAGGGCCUAA